AUGCCUCAUUCGCUUGUAUGUGGACAACUGGAGCGGUUGUCUCUAGAAGACUAUGCCAAUUGGAAAACGCUGCGUCAAGGUAGAUAUACAAAUUCAGAAGUUGUGCGUGGUUACUCCUGUCGCUUAAUCCUGUUCCCCGAAUUGAACUCUGUUGGUGACUCUCAAGAUGCAAUGUUGGCAUACGCGUGUGUGGCUAGCACGCCUCCCUGGAUAAUUGGCGAUUUGGCACAGAAUUCCAUGGAUUCUGGCAAAACUGGUUCACCAUUAUCAGCGUUCUCCGGUUAUCGUGUGCUGCCGAAGGACGGAAUAGAUGCUGAGGAUUACCGUUCGAUCGCUUGGUUAGAAACAAACUCGGCAGAACGCAGUCCACAUGAUUUGUGGCAGUGCACUGUGGCAGCCGUAUUUCUUACUCAUUGUUUAUCGGAUGGAGGGUACCCGUUGGUUUGGUCAGAACCGGAUUGCCUUCAAGAUCCAAGGAAUUACCAGAAAAUUACUCCCAAUUCUCCCUUGCCAGCUUCAUGGGCUGCCGCGUGUAUUUUGUAUCACCUGCAAAGUUUGCAGUUGAAUGGUAUGCUGAAGGAAUGUAGAGUACUUUCCGUUCGUGACGCGUCGCACGGUUUCGGAUUUGUUGUGGAUGAAAACAAAGUGAUCUUUCGAGAUAACACAUCCUUUCUGGGCUAUGCCGUAUAUCCUACAAUGUCGCUCAUCAACCAUUCCUGUGAUCCCAAUUGUGCACUGGUUUUCAUGCGCGACGGCUACUGUGGUCUGUUUGCGACGGAACAUAUCGCCAAAGGGAACGCAUUAUCGAUAUCGUACUCUGUGCAUUAUGCCACACAUUCGCUACUGGAUCGACAUCAGCCACUUAAGUAUAUUUACCAAUUUGAAUGCUCCUGUCAGGCGUGCAAAGAUGGUCAACAUGGACCAGAUUUCCCAUGGGAUAUGACCUGUUCACGCUGCUUCCGUCCGUUUUCGCUGCUCGAAAUGCGAUCUAGACGCAGUCCACAGUCGAAAAGAUGUCAAUGUUCUUAUGAAACCAAACGGCGUAUAGUUCGUCGGGUUUACUCUGGUAUGCGAAGUCUUCCUCAGAUGAAUGGCAAACAGAUGCUUUUAAAAUACGUUCGAGGUUUAAUGAAGAGUGAUUCAUCUAUGUGGUUUGAAAACCAUAUUGCAAAUCUCGCCCGUCUACUGAACCGGAACAAUUUAGGUGGAUUGAUCACACGUUACAGUCUCCCAUUCGUUCAAAUGAAAGAAGAACUGAGAAAUGCGCUUCGAUUGAAGUACGGUUGUUGCUUGAUGUUACGUUAUGAUCCGAUCACUGAACUUCUCAGCUGUCUAACUCUGAACUCGGACCUUUGA